UAUAACACCAACUCUGAUCAUUUCUUAGCAGAGCCGUGAAUAUACUUCAACCCCAUUAAAAAAAGAAAAGCCAAUAAAUUUUAAAUUUGUGAACAAACCAGGAGAAGAAUGAGAGAGGAAGAAGAGGAUCUUUGAAAAACCCUCAAUUCUGUUAUUCUUUCUUUCCUCUGCCUAUCGACUCUGUUUGUUUUACUUUUAGGUGUCAAUGAAAAGUUCAAAUUAUAUCCCAUUAUUAUUAUAUAAAUAAAAGAAAAGAAAAGUUUUAGAAGUUGAUACCAGUGUUUCUUAAAUAGACCGUUUUCUUUUGAUCCUUCUCAAGUCUUCUUCCUCAGCUUAUUGUUAUACCAAAAAAUUGUGUACUUGACACACCCAUAAAGAAUGUGGGAUCAUAUCUUCUAUAGAUAACAUAAUCUGGAGUUUCACCAAACACUGACAUUGAAAACAUCAUGAACCCUAGAAGCCGAAGCUUGCAAUUUUUUAAGACGACGACUGUUAUUAUCGGGCUCGAAUAAUUUCAUCAGCCCGCUUAUUGAACGGCUCAAACCCAUGUUAAAGUCAAAGUCUUUCUUUUUAGUUUUUAGUUUCAGAGACGUGUUCUUCCUUCCUAUGUUUCUAACAUUCAAACAUAAUAACUAUUUUUGUUUGGGACUUUGGAGCAGGAAAUUGAAACUUGCCUAUUCGAAUUCUAAUUUGCUUGAUUUUCUGGUGCGGGUUUAUUUUUUUCUCGGGGGCUCGUGUCGUUGAAGAAGCCUGAGCAGGCCAUGUCGUCAACGCCGGACAUAACAGGAAUACUGGAGAACACGAAGGAACUUGAUCGCUUACGUAAAGAACAAGAAGAAGUUCUUGUCGAGGUCAAUAAGAUACAUAAGAAGCUUCGAUCUUCGCCUGAGGUAGUUGAGAAGCCUGGUGAUACUUCUUUGUCACAGCUUAAAAAUUUGUUCAUUCAAGCCAAAGAGCUCUCUGAAAGUGAAGUCACUGUUUCAAACAUUCGACUUGCUCAACUGGAUUCCCUGCUUCCAUCAGGGCAACAACGCGGAAAACUAGAAGUGGCAGAAGGCAACGGUCUGAAGAGGAAGAGAAUGAAAGCUGGAUCAGAUGUAACAAGAGUUCCUCCUUCCAUUAGAAACCAAAUGAAGGCAUAUGCCAGUCUAAAGGGUGAACAGGUUGCUGCAAGAAUUACAGCAGAUGAUGCCGAGCAGGAUGAAUGGCUUGUGGUGAAAGUAAUUCACUUCGAUAGAGAAACAAAAGAAGUUGAAGUACUUGAUGAAGAAUCAGGAGAUGAUGAAGAAGGAGGUGGCCAGAGGACGUAUAAACUACCAAUGUCAUGCGUUUUACAGUUUCCAAAAAGGAAUGAUCCUUCAACAACACAAGAGUUUCUACCAGGGAAACAUGUAUUAGCUGUAUAUCCAGGAACCACAGCUCUUUACAAAGCGACUGUAGUAAGUACACCACGAAAGAGGAAGUCUGAUGAGUACUUGCUGGAGUUUGAUGACGAUGAAGAAGACGGAGCAUUACCUCAAAGAACAGUGCCUUUCCACAAAGUGGUAGCUUUACCAGAAGGCCAUCGCCAGUGAUGUUCAGAUUGGGUGCAUUGAAAUAAGAGACUCUUCAUGUUUGUUUCUUUGAGGCUAAAGCAAGAGUUAAAGGUUGUUGUUGCCUUCGUUUGUGUUCAUAGAUGAGAUCAAUUUGAAGGAUGAGAAGGUAAGUUUAUUUUCUGUUCAGUUUGAGGAAAAGCUACUCUUAAUGUAUGCAUGUGUAUGUGGGUAUUUAUAUCAUGUUGAGCCACAAUGUUGAACACAAAUGCAACUAUUUUUUGUUUGUUUGUGUUAAAUUUACGUUUACAAAUUUUGGGUUAUAAAUACCAAAAAAAAAAAACAAGUUAUCUUUAAGCAUUAAAAACAGUAAACAAAAUGAUUAGUAAACCGGUCGAUUAUUCACCUACCAUAAAGGACCCGGCCGGAUCAAUUGUUGAAACGGACCGGUUUAGCUUGGUCGAGACUUGAGGUUGUAAAAAACGGCGUCGUAAGGUCGAUGGUAAGAAAGGGUAUAAUUGUCAAAACAGAGCACACUUCAACAUUAGGGUUUUAUUCUAAAAAUCUGGUGUUAGCUCCUUCUCCUUCGUCUAUCGUCUGCAACUUCUCAUCUUUGAUCAAGUCCUUGUGAUAAAGAAAGAGCUUUUAAGGAAAAGAUGAGGCCGAUACUGAUGAAGGGACACGAACGUCCAUUGACGUUCCUCAGGUACAACAGAGAUGGCGACAUGCUCUUCUCCUGCGCCAAGGAUCACACUCCCACUCUCUGGUACGCCGAUAACGGCGAACGCCAUGGUACCUUCCGUGGCCACAACGGUGCCGUUUGGUGCUGUGACGUCUCAAGGGACUCGUUGAGGUUGAUCCCAAUUGUUAUGAGUUGAAUCAUAUGUUAUUGAUUGGAUGAUUGUUAGGGGUUUAGUUGAUGUUAUAUAGAAACCCUUUUUGUUAUUUUGAUUGAAAGUUGAUUUCUUUUGUUUGUUUGUGUUGAAUUUGUUUUGUGAAUUUUAGGGGACUCGUUGAGGUUGAUAACCGGAAGUGCUGAUCAGAGUGCGAAGCUAUGGGAUGU